AAAAGCGAACGAGGCAGGCGCUCCUCCGCACCACCGUACACCGGACCCGGAGCAGCUCGCCGCCGAACCCAGCGCUGAACCGACGGGGAGAGGCGAGGCCGCGCUUUACCCCGGGAACUACGAAGCAACGACGGCGGGACUGAGCAGGCGGGGAUAUGACUGUGAUCAAGGCAGCUGGAGCGGAGCCGUGCGGAGACGGCGGCGCGUACGGCGCGAGGCGGCGGCAGUCGCUGCGGGCGCGGUACGCGUACGGGUUCGUCUUCUUCGCCACCAACCUGCUGGCCUGGUUCGUCAGGGACUACGGGGCAAGGGCGCUCCGCGGCUUGCAUCAUGUGCCGGUCUGCGGAGCAGGGGACUCCAAGUGCUUCCAGUCCGGAGGAGUGCUUCGAGUAAGCUUGGGCUGCUUCAUAUUUUUCUGGGUGAUGUUUGCCACAACAUUUGGAACUCGCAAGCUCCAUGAAGCUCGUAAUUCGUGGCAUUCUGGAUGUUGGAUUCUGAAGUCUCUUGUGUAUGCCAUGUCGAUCGGCAUCCCAUUUAUCAUCCCUAACAUCUUCAUCCAAUUUUAUGGUGAAGUUGCUCGACUGGGUGCCGGGAUAUUUCUCCUCCUCCAGCUCAUAAGCAUGCUCCACUUCAUAUCAUGGUGCAAUAAACGAUGGAUGCCAGAUCCUGGAUCAAAUCAAUGUGGGUUGUUUGGGUUAUUCUUGUCAACCAUCUCCUACAUUGCUUCGUUUGUUGGAAUUGGCGUGCUGUAUGUUCUGUAUGUCCCCAACUCCUCUUGUGCGUUCAACAUCUUCACUAUUACAUGGACGGCAAUCUUGGUGACUAUAAUGAUGGCAGUAUCAUUGCACUCCAAGGUUAACGAGGGUCUUCUCUCUUCUGGGAUCAUGAGUUCAUAUAUUGUUUUCCUUUGUUGGUCUGCACUCCACAGUGAGCCGCAAACUGGGAAGUGCCACUCUCAUAUGAAAAUUGCCCAGGAUGGCGAUUCAGCUACUAUCGUUAGCUUCAUUAUCGCAAUUUGUUCCAUUGUAAUGGCCACGUUUUCUACUGGAAUCGACACCAAAUCCUUCCAGUUUCGGAAUGAUAAAGUACAAUUGGAUGAGGACAUCCCCUACAGCUACGAGAUUUUCCACAUUGUGUUUGCGAUGGGGGCUAUGUACUUCGCAAUGCUGUUCAUUAGCUGGGAGCUUAAUCACCCAACAAGAAAGUGGAGCAUAGAUGUUGGAUGGGCAAGUACAUGGGUGAAGAUCAUCAACGAGUGGUUCGCGGCUAGCAUAUACCUCUGGAGGUUGAUCUCCCCAGUCGUAUUGAGGAACCAACUUGCCAAUGAAGAGUUGAUGCCACACAGGCCUACAGUAUAGUUUUGAUGAUAUAGAGAAAACGAGUUCUAUAACCCGCUGAUUCUUUCCUUCUAAAAAGAUCGCUAUAUGCUUUAUUCUUUUAAUACACUUGUACAUCGAAACUCGAAACCACACGAAAAAAAGACUAGGAAUUCUUGUCUGAACGUCAACCUUCUUUUGCUGCUUC